AUGUCUCGAGCCCCGUUCUCCAAGGUCUUGCGCGCGCUGGCCCGCAACGGCCGGGCGGCGCAGAGGAGACCGUAUUCGAGCCGCAAAGCGGCGCCGCCCUUCCCGACGGUCCAGAGCUGCCCUCAGCCGACAUGCGAGUGCGCGGCGACGCCGCAGAUGCCCGACGGCCUGGAGAUUGACCACAAGGGCGUGCUGAACGGCAACAUCACGAGCUACUACGAGCAUGUCCUGAUAUGCACCGGCAGGACGGACUGGCCUUCGAGGAUUGAGGAGGAGAACAGCGGCGACAACCUCGCCGCAGACCUCAAGGAGCUCUUUGGCCGGGGUGGCGUGUAUAGUGAUCCGUAUCACAACGUGUCCACCCUGAACUCCUCGUUCCCCUCCUCGGUACCCAGGCGGUCAGAGCUGCAGACCACCUCGGUCUAUCUCCUCCCCAGCUUCAAAUACGUCCCGUUCCUGCCGCGCGUAUCCUUCGACAGCGUCGAGGCUCUGGCCAAGGGGUUUCUGCUACCGGAGAAGCUGCACCCGGCGCACGACGGCCUGUCGCCCAUCCACCGCGACCGGCUGACCCGCAAGGCCGCGUACCAGGAGCUGCUGUGGGGGGUGCGCGACGUGCGGGACGUCAUGGUGCUCGUGUGCGGGCACGGCGGGCGCGACAUGCGGUGCGGCGUCAUGGCGCCCGUGCUCGAGGCCGAGUUUGAGCGGCAGCUGCCGGCGGCCGGGGUCGAAGUGCUCCACGGCCCGGUCGAGGCCGAGACCCCGGAGGGCCUGAUAUCCGGUCCCACGGCCGACGCGGCUGCCCGCACGGCCCGCGUCGGCGCGAUUAGCCACAUCGGCGGGCACAAGUAUGCGGGCAACGUGAUCAUCUAUCUGCCGGGGGACAUGACGACGGAAGACGGCCGGGCGCAUCCCCUGGCGGGCCACGGGAUCUGCUCGGUGCCUUGCAACGCUUCAAGAGCAACCUCCCGAUGCUUUUCAAACUCCCCGAACUCACGGUUCCGGGAGACCAAGGCCUAUGCGACUCCAGAAGGCAAGGGUACCGAACCCCCCAAAAAUUCAGAACAAGCCAGCCAGCAGUUCGCCAAACGACCCAAACGGGGGCGAAAUGCCACCCUCUUCCUCCUCUCCGCGGUAGCCAUAGUCGGCAUAGCCGGCACCGGCUUCGAGGACCAGCCGGGCAUCCCGCUCCUCUCGGCGCAGGGCCUCCUCGCCCUGCGCACCCGCCUGCUCUACGGCGACCCGCUCAACCAGGAUCGCUUCGUCCCCUUCACCAUCGUCGACCGCGAGCAGGUCUCGCCCACGGCCUUCGUCAUCACCGUGCGGCCCAAGCACGCCCGCACCGACGACUCCCCUACCACUGGGUUCCGUGGCGGCGGCGGCGCCCUGCACGCCAACGAGGACGUCGUGCGCGACGCCUGGAGGCACGGCCUCUGGGCCGUCGAGAUCAAGCAGCCCCAGCUGCAGGUCGCGCGCGACUACACGCCGCUGCCGCCGCGCCGCGGCCGCGCCGACGCCGAGCUGCGGCGCGGGGAGCUGCGGUUCCUCAUCCGCCGCAUGCCCAGGGGCGAGGUCUCGUCAUACCUGUCGGCCUUGCCCGUCGGGGCCGACGUCGAGCUGCGCGGGCCGCACUACGGGUUCGACCUGGCGGCGCGCAUGCGCCUCAACGAAGGCGAGAGGAGCAGUGGCGCGCCGGCCCGCGCGGUCUUCCUGGCCGGCGGGACGGGCAUCGCGCCUGCGCUGCAGGCCGUCAGGGCGAUCCUGGGUCCCGAGGAGGGCGUGGUGCAGGCAGAUACGGAGACGGUUGGGGGUGGGCGGCCGGGCCCGGUCGUGGAUGUCUUCUGGGCGAAUCGCAUGAGGGAGGACUGCGUCGGCUGCGGCGACGGCCUCGCCUCCUCUGCUCCUGGGCCAGUCGACGGCAGUCAUGCUCCGGGCGAGCCGCUCCCCGGGUCGAUCGUGGACCAGCUGCGCGAGAUGAAGGCGCAGUACGGCGACCGGCUCGACGUGCGGUGCUUCGUGGACGAGGAGCGCAGCUUCAUCGGCGCCAGGGCUGUCACGGCGGCGCUGCAGCCCCAGAAGAAGACCAAGGGCGGCUCGCGGGAGGCGGCGCGCCAGGAGCCAGACUGUCGGUACCACGAUGCGAAGAUCCUGGAGUGGACCGAUACGGACGUUUUGAGGACGGACGGCGGCGAGGGAACCACGGCUUGUUCAUGCGGCGGGAAGAACCUCGCGCUCGUGUCUGGCCCGGAUGGAUUCAUACAGGCCUUCGCCGGGCCCAAGAGGUGGGCUAACGGCAAGGAGCUGCAGGGCCAGGUGGGAGGCGUGUUGGGCGAAGUGAGGCGGAAAUACCCCGAUUUGAUGAAAGAUUGGCUUGUGCUGAAGCUUUAG